AUGAGCGUCGCCGGCGUGUUGCUAAGUUCUUUUUCCGGUCGCUGGAGCCUCGCAGUGAGCGUGUGGAAUUAAUCUGCGCUUCACAAAACAUGAGUGUUCCGGCUUUUAUCGACAUUACUGAGGAGGAUCAGGCCUCUGAGCUGCGAGCCUACAUCAAAUCCAAAGGAGCGGAGAUCUCUGAGGAGAACUCUGAGGGAGGCCUUCAUGUCGAUCUGGCUCAGAUUAUCGAGGCCUGUGAUGUCUGUCUGAAGGAUGAAGACAAAGAUGUGGAGAGUGUGAUGAACAGCAUUGUGUCUUUGCUGCUGAUCCUGGAGGCAGAGAAACAGGAAGCACUCAUUGAGAGUCUGUGUGAAAAACUGGUGAAGUUCCGUGAGGGAGAUCGGCCCACCCUUAGGAUGCAGCUCUUGAGUAACCUGUUCCACGGUAUGGAUGAGAACGCACCGGUGCGAUACACAGUGUACUGCAGUCUCGUUAAAGUGGCAGCUGCCUGCAACGCCAUCACCUUCAUCCCAACCGAGCUGGAUCAGGUGCGCAAGUGGAUCGUUGACUGGAACCUGACCACGGACAAGAAGCACACUCUGCUGAGGCUGGUGUAUGAGGCGCUGGUCGACUGUAAGAAGAGUGAGGCUGCAGCGAAAGUGAUGGUAGAGCUAUUGGGCAGUUACACAGAAGACAAUGCUUCCCAAGCCCGGGUAGAUGCCCACAGGUGCAUUGUCCGCGCUUUGAAAGACCCAAACACGUUUCUGUUUGACCAUCUCCUGGCUCUGAAACCUGUGCGCUUCCUGGAGGGAGAGCUCAUCCACGAUUUGCUGACCAUCUUUGUGAGUGCAAAACUAGCAGCCUAUGUCAAGUUCUACCAAAGCAACAAAGACUUCAUCGAUUCUCUUGGUCUAUCACAUGAGCAGAACAUGUCAAAGAUGAGGCUACUGACAUUCAUGGGCAUGGCUGUGGAGACGAAGGAGAUUUCGUUUGACACAAUGCAGCAGGAGCUGCAGAUUGGCGCAGAUGACGUGGAACCCUUCGUAAUUGAUGCUGUUCGAACCAAGAUGGUCUACUGUAAAAUCGACCAGACACAGCGUAAGGUUGUCGUAAGCCACAGCACUCAUCGCACGUUUGGGAAGCAGCAGUGGCAGCAACUUUACGACAGUCUGAGCGCCUGGAAGCAGAAUCUGGCCACAGUGAAAACCAGCCUGCAGGCACUCUCUCCUACUGUCUAACACACUUAUCAUAACGCUCAGCAGUUUUUAUACACACACACUCAAUAAAAGAAAAAUGAAGACCG